AUGACGAGGGGAGGCACCAGAACGAUGGGGGUCGCCGCGGCUGUCGUCACUCUCGUCUUGCUGUCAGGAAAAGGCGCCAGCACGGCCGAGCCGGAUGAUUCACUUGCGAAACGCACCUGCGAGUCAACGGAGAAACCCCUUGAGCUUCCCGUGCCCCUUGGGCAGAAUUCACUCACCUUCACGUGUGGGAGCAACUUUUCAACUCUUGAUCCUUCCAACAGCGACUACGUUUACGGUACAGAAGACCUGAACUCAUCCGUCAAACUGCAAGACCGACUGCCCACUGGAAAACUUGAUCACGCCAAAGAUACAGGUGUUUGCACUCUCAGCCUGCAGAAAAGACCCGUAACAGAGACGAAACUGGUUUAUUUCUGUACCAAAAAAACUGAUUCUGGACCUGCUGGACCUUCUGGCCCUGCAGGAUCCUCGGACCCCGCGGAGUCUACUGGCCGUGUUCGACGAUCUACCCUACAGCCGCCUGCGGACGCGUCCACUGACAAGUGCAAGGUGAUCAUCACCGUAGCUCCUGCUGAGCCUGACGCCGGCAAAGACGACGUUCACUCGGAACCAGGAAAAGAGGAUGCGUCCUCGCCGAACGACGUCUUGACAUGCACACCGGGCAAAGAUAACAUUGUCACCAUCUCCAAGCCCAAGUCCCAGGUGAAACUGACCUGUGGAAAUGAGCUUAUCUUCCAUCCCGAGGGCGCAUCCAAAAAGGUUUACAUGGAUGCAAAGGGAAGAUGUGACAGCGAGCAACCUCUCACCGACAUUAUUCCUGACGCUGACCUGAAGCUUGACACCGACGGUGUCUUCGUCUUGAGUGUCCCUCAGCUUCCCGUCGGCCCUGAGUCCACAGCUGUCUGCUACAAGUGCUUACCACGAACAGGCGCGACGGACUCUCGCUCCGCAGAAGGGUGCACUAUUCGAGUAGAACUCAAGUCAGCUGCGCAGACCGACUCCGGCGCGGGUAUCGCGAGGGGUGGGAGAGGCGCCGUGUUUCCAGUCAUUGGGGCCGUGAUCGCCUUCUCUGCGGCCGUUCCGCCUCUUGCGUAUUAA